AUGUCCAAUCCAUGGAAGAAAGUUCAAGCACCAGUAGACGUACAAAAACUUUCGGAUAUAAUGUCUGAAGAAUACGCACGAGGUCUUCAAGUCCAAGAAGAAAUCAAAUUCGCAGAGCAUAUGUCAGAUCAACAUGUAGUGUCGGAGUCAAACGAAGUGCCUCUUGAAAUUUUGCAACAGAUCGCCGACUGCAACGUGACGGAGUAUUGCGAUUCUGAUGCUAUUAUUGCGAAAGUUUUGCAAUGCCAGUUUGACAAAGAGUAUGACGACGAGGUGAAGAUGGUCGAGAAGAAAAGGAACGGUGAUGCAAAGGUAUCGAUAUCUUACGAUAAUUAUCGAAAUGUACCCGAGCACCUUGUAUAUGAUUCAGAUUCGGAAGAUGAUGUGGAGCGAAAUGAUGCGAAAGAUUGGGAUCGAUUUGAAACAAACGAGAAAGAGUAUGCUAGGCUGCCUAAAAGAGGUUUCAUCAUGAAAGACGGCGAAAUGGUCACGAAACAUGACAGUUUGAUUAAUGGACGAAGAAACGCCUGUCGCAUCAUGGCCUUUCCACCAGAGGUGUGUACUGGCGAUGGCGCUGGAUUUGACAUGAAAUUACCGAACUCUGUCUUCAACCAACUCAAAGAACAUACAAAAUGCAAUCAGAAGAAGCACAAGCUAUUAGAUAGGAAGGAGAGCCAAGCUACAGCUGAAAUGGGAUUGGAUGAACAAACCAGACUUAUUCUUUUUAAGAUGAUCAACAAUGGAAUGUUAGAGGACAUAAAUGGUAUCAUUUCCACUGGAAAGGAGUCUGUGGUGCUCCAUGCGAAUGGUGACCAGUCCUUCCCAGAUUUAGUUGUUCCUAAGGAAUGUGCAAUAAAAGUAUUUAAAACAACUUUAAAUGAGUUCAAAACCCGAGAUAAAUAUAUAGAAGCUGAUUAUAGAUUUAAAGAUCGCUUCUCCAAGCAAAAUCCUCGCAAGAUUGUCCACAUGUGGGCAGAAAAAGAAAUGCACAAUAUGAUGAGAAUUCAGAAAAUUGGAUUAAACUGCCCUGAUAUGGUGUGUCUGAAGAAACAUAUAUUAGUGAUGUCUUUCAUAGGCAGAGACAACAAGCCUGCUCCUAAACUACGAGAUGUAAUACUAAAGCCAGAGAAAUGGGAGAGUGUUUACAAUGAAAUUGUAGAGGCAAUGCAUAAGCUCUACAAUGUAGGGCACUUGGUGCAUGCCGAUUUAUCUGAGUAUAAUAUUCUCUGGUGGGAGAACAAAUGCUGGUUCAUUGAUGUAUCCCAAUCGGUGCAGCCUGAUCAUCCUAGUGGGCUGAAGUUCCUGCUGAGGGACUGCCGAAAUAUUAUCAAUUUCUUUGAGAAAAAAUGUGUACCGAACAUUAAAACGGCAGAAGAGCUUUUUAAAAGCAUAACUGGCUUCGAGGAAGUAGAUGUUAAUUUACUUGAAGGGGUUCAUACCACAUAUAAUGCAUUGUCAUCGCGCUUUGAGAUUGCACCUGAUGACAAUAGAAUUGUAAGUUAUCCAUUUGAGUACUGCUGGCAAAAAACUAGCGAGAACAAACACCCUCAAAGGGAAGAUGUUGUUGACAGUGAUGAUGACGAAUUUGAAGACAUGUGGACCCACUCCAUUCAAACUAAACCCAUUGACGGAGCAGCAAACUUUGGUGAUGAACUAAAGCUUCAAGAGGACACUGUGAAAACUACAACAGAAGAGGUGGUUGACAACAUAACUAAUUUUGCAAAUACCAUAAAUCUUGCUAUGCCUAAAAGUGUUGCAGAUAUAAGUAGUGGAUUAAUUGAUAAAAAGUCU